AUGGUGCAAGUCAAAGAAUGUGAUCCUAAUAUGGAAAAGGGGGUUUUGCUUUCUUUGAGUCCUCCGGUAUCGGAUAGCAGCGGAGAUCAAUAUAACACAGCUCUCAAGCCAGCCUCCGCCCAAGUGAGAAUGACAGGCCCUACGAGACGAUCAACAAAGGGAGGCUGGACAGAAGAAGAGGAUAGAGUUCUAGCAGAUGCUGUUGAGAAGUACAAUGGCAAAAACUGGAAAAGGAUUGCUGAAUGUGUUCGUGGAAGAACAGAUGUUCAGUGCCUUCAUCGCUGGCAGAAAGUCCUCUCACCUGAUCUUGUUAAAGGAUUUUGGUCUAAGGAGGAAGAUGAUCUAAUAAUUGAGUUGGUCGCAAAGCAGGGAAAUAAAAAAUGGUCUGAAAUAGCGAAGUCCUUGCCAGGCCGUAUAGGCAAACAAUGUCGAGAGAGGUGGCACAACCAUUUAAAUCCAGAUAUAAAAAGAACUGCAUGGACAAAUGAAGAGGAACAGAUUCUCAUUCAGUCGCAUAAAGUCUAUGGGAACAAAUGGGCUGAAAUAGCAAAGUUUUUACCUGGAAGGACUGAAAAUUCAAUAAAAAACCACUGGAACUGCUCAGUUAAGAAAAAACUAGAACUACGCUCAUUCCAUUUAUCUGAUAUGGAGAGUCAUAAAACACAAGUAGGAAUCAGAAAGACAGGUCUUGAUCAGAUAGCCAACUUCGAUAAAAAUGUGGAAACCUGUUCUAUUAAUCUUGAUCUGGUUCUUGGAACUCCUAAAGGAAGGGAGAGCCUGAUAAAAUCUUCGGACAAAGGAACUCGCAGUUGGCUUACAAAAGGAGCUGGUGCAGAUAAUAUGACAAAAACACCAGCUAGAAACCUGUAUUAUGAUAAAUCUGCAGCUACAUUUGGUCAUAAAGUUGAACAACGGAAAGAGUUAUAUAAUAACUAUGGCAGGUUGAGAGACUCAAAUUGUUUGUCUGAUAGACAUUCAAUCAAUGAUUGCAGUACUACUCCUUCCGGUGAUCUUCGGGGUUCUCCCUAUUGUCAUGAAAAGCAUCAAAACACCAUUUACCCUAUGAGUUUGUUGAAUAAUGGCUUAGAUGCUUUUGACUACAACAGGAAAGCUGGUAAUUUUCUCAAGAAACCAGAUCAUCCUGUUACAGUUGAGAGAAUACAUGAAUCUUCUAAAGGGUCACAAGUUUAUGAGAAAAUUAAAGAUGCUAGUGGAGCCACCAAGCAUUCAGAUGCUUCAAACCCUGGUUGCUUGUGCUAUAGGCCACUCCAACAAGAGGAUUUGAAUUAUUUUUUGGAAAAUGGUGAUUUCCCAAGCACAGAUGGUUACAUCCAGACAGAAAUGUUUAGUUCAGUUUCCUUAUGCACUCCACCAAGCAAAAAAGGAAUUUCUGUUGAUUGUAAUGAUCCAGAUUCCGUAUUGAAAAGUGCAGCGCAGACUUUUAAGAGUUCACCAUCUAUCCUAAGAAAACGAAAACAUCCAUCUUCCAGACAAAGUUUCAAGUCAGAGCAUGACCAUGUUCCCUCAGAAGAAACGAGCAAUGACUCCAGAAACAGCACCAACAUUCGAAGUCCAUGUGCUGAGACCAAAUUCCAUUGCAUGGCUCGAUCAAAUGCCAGACAACUUUUUCUCUCUCCUCAAAAGUCUCAGAAGCUUUAG